AUGUACAACCGGGACGACUACGUCUUCUUCUGGAAACCCCAUGAAAUCCAGUAUCGCUCGCCCUUCACAGUGACAGUCACUAUUGACGAAGGCGGUGAACCUGAAGAAGUGACGUUCCCGACCGCAGAGCAUUGGAUGAUGUUUCAAAAGGCGCUGUUGUUUAAGGAUGCAGAGAUAGCUCGGGAGAUUAUUGGUGUGAAAGGGAUUGGAUCAACCGACAUGGCCCACGUCAAGUCUCUUGGACGCAGAGUCUCUGGCUUCAUUGAAGACUUCGUCAUGGUCGCCCCUGCAGUUGCAAAACCUCCGCCCCUUUCAUAUGCGGAGCGUGCAAAGAAAGCACAGAACAUAAAAUCGCCAAUAUCCGCCCCACCACCACCACAGCGCGUAUCCAAUCCGACACCCAACCCAGUAGCACCCGCCAACGUGCCCAGUACAUCAGCAGUCCUCAACACCACCUCGUCACCUCUAAUCUCGGCUUCUCGCAACGCAGACGACACUCCCAACUCAUCUUCUAUCCUAACAACCCGUUCUUCGUCACCGGUACCACAAGCUGGUGCCAACAGCGCUGCGGUGCCUUCCCUCAUCUCUUCAUCAGACCUCGCUGUCAAAGCCCUGAACAUCGUCACCGCCAACGCAUCAUCGCCUUCGAAGAAUGUGUGGCAGGUGCGGAGAGAGCAGAUGGCUGCCCUCGUACAAAAGCCGGCCACGUCGGCCAGCAGUCAACCCGUUUCGACGGCAGUGAAUGGAGCAAAGAGUGGGAAAUCGAGCAGGGGAUCUCCUGUGGACGAUGAUCCGUUCGUCGUUCGCAUGCCCGAACGCCUUGCGCGCCCAGCGCCGCAAGAGGAUUGGCCGGAGGUCGGGAAAUCGAUAUCUACGUCAACGAGCACGGAGCGGAGCGUCAAUGGGACACCCAAGAAAAGUGGCGAGAAACCGAAGUGGGUGCCUAUUCCAGCGGAGGAGAUGCAGGCCGCUGCUGACGCGGCCUCCAAAAGGCGGAAGAACAGUCUUCACCCCUCGCAAGGUGGUACGCCCCCUCGCACCCGAACACACUCCGGCCGCACCUCGGCAUCGCACUCUGCGACGCACUCACGUGUGCAGAGUCGCUCAGGGAGCCUCCAAUCGAGCCCAAGGGUUCCCCGCGGUCGACGUUUACCGCCCGCCGACGAACCAGCAUCGUCAAUAAAUAGUGCUCCUGAGCCUGAGCAACAGCCCACGACACCCAACCAUCCCACGCCUCCUCCGCAACCUCAAUACCAGCCCUAUCAACCUGCACAUCAACCGCCUCAUCAACCGCCUUUGCAUCCCUCCGCGCCCGUGUUCUACCCGCAGAAUGGCACCUCACCUCAUCCACCACCGCCCUCGAUGUACCCGCCACCGAAUUCGCAUUAUUCGCCGUACCCGGUCUAUGGACCUGGUGCGUAUGAUUACGCUCCUCCAGGACCAUCAUUCGCCCCUCCAUACGUUCCGUGGCACGGGCACAGUCCGUCAUUAUCUGGACAACACAGUCCUGUGUACCCACCUUUGCCGAUGCAGGGCUAUGUUGGGCCGUCAGUCAAUGGUGGUCCUCCUCCGAGUAUUAAUGAGUCCUCUUCUCUGCCCGAUGUGGUGGUCAACAACCCCUCAGCUGAGACAAACACAAAUACCGUCCGGGAAAAAAUGGUCUUCGGCAGCAUCAAUGCCCCAAGUCCCGCGCCGUUAGACCCCAACAGCCAGAAGGAGGAGGAUGUCGUCGAAAAGGCGUUCGCGACGUUCGCCAUUGGGGUUGACAAGAAGGAACCUAUACCUGCACGCCUGCGAUCCAAGACGAGGGACGGGGCAUCAAGACUCAACGAGAAGGCGGAGGAGGAACUACCAAGACCGACAGAAAGGAAGUGGAAGUUUGGCACCACGAACAGCACGCCUCCUGUUAACGGACAGAUCCCACUGCCUCCUGAAAAUCAAUUGCAACAAGCAGUAACGGUGCCUGCCGUGCCUGCUGCACAAGCGCCGUAUGUGCUUGAGCCCGUGGGCAGCACAUCCUUCAUCGUCUCUCAACCCUCUCCGCUUCAAGCGCCCAUCCCAGUGCCUUUAUCCGGGCAACCGCCCCUUUCCCUCCAGCAUAGCCAACAUGCGGUAGCCACGGUUGACCCUGAUCUCGAAGUGAAGGACUUUGGCUUUGGCUUUGGUGACGCGAGCGGAACGGGGUACGCCACGCUGAUGGAAAAGGAGAGCCGACGCGCUAGGCACUUGGAGCAGGAACAAGAGAGAGAACGCGAACGCGAGAGGGAAAGGCAGCAGAUUCUCGCUGCCUCAGACGAUUCUGCAGAUGCAGAUAGUGGGAAGGAAGUCGUCGAAGGUAGUUCCGGACCAAAUGGUGUACGUGGUCCGGAUUUGCGAGAACAGCGAGACCAUCUGGGAAGCGGGCGCGGGAGGAGAGGGUUCCCGGGUAAUGCCCGAGGCGGCUACGAUCGUGGAGGGCGACGAGGGCGUGGAGGGAUGAAUGGCUUUACUCGAGGUUAUGGGCGAGGAGGAUACAACAACGCACGUGGGGCAGGCGUCGGAGGACCCCAGCGAACACCACCCUUCACGGUUACACCACCUCCACACUUCCAACCCCUGCCGCUCGAUGGCGGGCUACCACCUCCGUCCAUGCCGCAUGGAGCACCAGGACCAGGCGGGUACUACCCACCGCCCAGGCAGCAGCUUCCUGGGACAAUAUUUUUACCACCAGGUUUCGAAGGGUAUCCACCGCCGCCUCAACUACCACCUCACAUCGCCCAUCAGCAUGGUCAACAGUCGCCUGGAUUGAUGCCACCGCCUCCGCCUCCAAUGGGCGGACACCCACAAGCCCCGCCCAUGCCUGUGCCUCUGUCGCCUAUCUCGUUCCCGCUUGAUCCAACGAGGUUUUAUCUGCUUGGACAACUCGAGUACUAUCUGAGUCCGCAGAACAUGGCACAGGAUUUCUUCCUGCGGCAGCAGAUGGACGCCAUGGGUUGGAUACCUAUCCAACUCUUCGCAUCGUUCAAUCGCGUCAGGCAACUGACGACAGACGCACAACUCGUUCGCGACGUGUUGACGCUUUCGAGUAUGGUGCAGGUGCAUGUGAACAUGGUUCGCAUGGGCGGAUGGGAGAGCUUCGUCCUGCCCGAUGCUGCACCGAGCACAGUCGAGGAGCAACCAUACCCCUAUCAACAACCUGGCCCGUACUAUGUCGGAGAGCACCCCCAGCAAGUUCCUGGGCACCCGCAAGCAGAGCAAAACAGGCAUGUGUUGCCUCCGAAUGGCGAUGUACCAAUGGAAGCAUCUGCUCCUUCUGACGGCGGCGCGAAGGCUGAUAGCAGGCAGAGUAUGCCCGCUAUGAACGGGCACGGUCAUGGCGCCGAAUACGAGCACGACCAGGUUGCAGAAGAGGAAGACGACGACGUCGAGUUCGUGAUGGGUCACACAGGCGGCUCCUGGCCACCCGAAAGACCGUCUUGA